UUACUUUUAUAUGACCAUACUUCACCCCUUCAAGUCAGAAUGUAACACUCCACCAAGCAAGAUGGCCGCCUGCACGGAAAAAAAUCCGGCUGAAGAAGACUUCGACGAAGAUGUUGUUUUUGAGAAUUCUCCGCUUUAUCAACAUCUUCAAGAUGUUGGCGAGUUAGACUUCGAAGUUGGGACAACUUCAAAAUGUAAACCUGAGGUAAACGGCCUGACUGGAACGCAAGGGAACCAGGCCUGGUUCAAAGGUGUCGUCAUGUCACUUCUGAGAAACAUCCUCGGAUUUCUCAUCCAAGUUGGAACGUUUCCAAAAAGACUGUUGGCAGAGAUCGAGCAAGAUUACGUAAAGCAGUACGUUUCCUUGUUGAUCCAGUCCAAGCUUCUUCUCGAUGACGAUCACCACUUUCUUCAGCUGUAUGAUCCAGAUACCUUCAGUGGUGACGACGUCGAUACAAACUGGUUUCUCUCAGCAGAUGCUAUGAAACUCGAACAGUUCUCGACACAUUUCUGUGCAGCGCUAGUCCUAGCAACUGCUCUGUUCCUUCAACAGAACUGUUGGUUGGUUGUAACCUUUCUGGUUCUCCCAGGAGCUCUGUGUAUAAUCUGCUGGUUCAUGUUGUUUGUCAGAAGUCAUCACGAGCAUAAAUCAAGCCUGACCCUGUUAAGGACGUGGUUGUCGGAAGGGGAGAAGUGCGUUUCCCUCGCGAGAAAGAGCUUCCGCCAUGUCCAGGAGAGAGAGUUGGUGGCGCGAGGUUUCACAAUGGUACACGGACAGGUUCCCGUGGAGAGAAUGAUCCACAGUCGGCUGUGGCAGAGUCAACAGCAGUGCGUGUCGUUACGAGCGACGCUCGUACGCGCGACGGCGGACAUGAUACAGCAGCACAGAAAGGCGGUGCUUCAGUUGCUGCAAGACUGUCCGCUCAACUCAGAAGUGGACAACACCAACAGUUACAUCAGUGUGAUACCUCUACAGGAACUAACCAAUCAGCUGCUGAAUGAUACAGCACAGGUAGAAGUAAAUGAUGACAACAGUUCACUGAAGUCGCUAAAGAACCUGGUCCAGCUGCAGGCUGACCAAGUGUCCGAGUUUGUCCGGCGACUCGCCCUCUGCUUCUCUCCUUCUACUCACCACACUACAGAACCCAUCCAAGGUCAGAAGGUCAUCACAUCCUUCAAGGAAACCCUGAAGAAGUUGGGAGAAGUCUCAGAACGUGGCGCCAGUGUCUUGGAGAAGCAGUAUGACUUCCAGACGAAGUACGGUGUUGCAAAAGAGCAGGAGAGGAUGUUGAGACCUGAGAACAGUCCUUUGGUGGGUCUCCAUACAGCAAUUCACAGUCUGGGACUACACCUGCAAGUCACCAUGUCCAGGGUGAGCUCCAUUGAGGAUAGCAUCGGUGCAGCUAUGGACGCCUCCCAGCAGGACUGGACAGAACUGCAGCAGGCAGUCACCCAGCAGCUGCAGGAAGUGGAGACACAGCUGCAGGCCUGCAAGGAAUGCUGGGAAGAAGGGUCCAAACAACUCCACAACCUCGACAACGUUGGGUACUCCUUCCAGGCUAGUCUGGCAGCCCAGGCUGUGGCAAGGUCACGUCAGCUGGGCCUGGGGGCAGCAAUGCUGCAGGAGCAAAGCUUCGGGGACGAGGAAACAUUCGGCUCUGGUAGUGAGGAUGAUGAUGAUGGAGACUAG